AUUUACUUACUUUGCCUACUGAGACAGGUUUUGCCAAGCUCAAAUGACUCACAGUAUGGUGUCCAUAGCAACUGUAUUCAAAUGAACCCUUYCUUCAAUUGAUACUGGGCAAAAAGGGUGAAAUUAAAAAGACAAAUUCAGUCUGUCAAUUCAACAUAUUGUCUAUAGUCAAAUGUUUAUUGAAAGUGCAACUUUAGUUCACAAGGUACAUCAUUUUAUUUUCUUCAAUUCUGUCUUUAUUAUUUAACAGAGAACAGCUUCAAUAUUGAGCUUAUCCUAGCUGGGAUGAUAUUGGCAAAUGUUCUUCAAAUUAUGAUUUUUUUCUUUCAAAUUGCUUUAAUGAUUAACUUUUAUUGGCUCUUCAUCUUAUGAAUGAUUCUUAGUAUUACUUCAUCAUAACAAAAGAAAAUAAAGUUGCUUCAGUACACUGGCUUAUAUCGAAAGAAAAUCAACCCAGCAAAUGACAUUACCAAUAUGUAAAUUGAGCUUUUGCUAAUUGCACAUUCAAUUACUGAUCUGAUAAAUACAAUAACAAGUUUCCAACAGUAAAGUAAAAAGGGACUGGCAAUACUUUAACCAUGAGUAAUUCUGCUGUCAUUCCAACUCCUGUUGAAGAUUUACAAGGGGAUGGACGAUGGAGAAGUCAGCAUGAAAGAUUCCUUCGCCAAGGAAAGGAUUCAUCAUGUCAGAUCCUGUUCGUUGGUGACUCAAUAAUAAGGCACAUGGAAGAAACCAAUGAGUGGGAUGAACUCUUCAAACCUUUGAGAUCGCUUAACUUUGGGAUUGGUGGCGAUGCGACUGAACAUGUGCUGUGGCGAAUGCAAAACGGAGAAUUGGAUGYGCUCUCUCCCAAGGUUGCCGUUCUGCUAGUAGGAACKAACAAUUAUAAUAACACGACAGAUCAGAUUGUAGAGGGCAUUGAAGCUAUCUUAUGGACGAUGCACGAAAAGUUGCCAUCGACGAGUAUUCUUGUUUUGGGCUUGUUGCCUCGAGGCGAGAAAGCUAACGCACUUCGCGAGAAACACUUUCAAAUCAAUCACUCCCUUCGAGAUGUAGUGGCGGGAAUACCAAGCACUCACUUCCUGGACGCGGACCCGGGUUUUGUCAGGGCAGACGGUAUCAUCGAUCAUACCGACAUGUACGAUUAUGUACAUCUUACMAGAAAAGGUUAUAGAAAAUUUAUGAAAAGAAUUUAUGACAUGGUAAAUAAGCUUUUAAAAUACAAUUGAUAGAUACUAGGAAGGAAUUUAUUAGAAGUCGGUAAUAAUACUCAUUAUAAAAUAUUGUAAUAAGUACAUUAUUGUACAUGACACUGAAAACGGUGUGAAUAGCUUCAAUUUUAACCAUAUUUUUUAGUCAAUUUCUUAAGAAAUUAACUCUAACGUCUAUAAAAUAUAAAAUGAUUAUUUAUCCCGUAAUAUUUAUUGCAAAUAGAGAUUCUCUAAAAAUAACUUGGAAUUUUAAAAAUAUUGAAAAGUAUUCAAUGGCACUUCUGUAAAUUAUGCUUUUUUAAAUGAUAAAUGUGCUCUCUAAAGUAAAAGUGCUCUCACUAAAAUGCAUAUAAAUUAAUGGACUUAAAGUGAAUAAAAUUUCAAAACCA